AAUCCAUUAAAACUCCACAAUACACGAAAAUCACAAUUAAUAGAAAUGCUGUUUGUUAACAGCAGCACCAGCAGCCGAGCAACCGCCGUAACCGCGGCCGUACCUAACAAAUUUACUCCCGCCAAAAUCACCAACACUCUCAUCAGCCGCAUUUCAUUUCCUUCAUCAUAUAAAACUACUAGAAUCGGAUGGAAUAGUAAUAGAAUGGAACAAAAUCAGAUGAAAAAGAAGGAUGAUGUUGUUGUUACACGCGCCACCGUUUCCUCCGCCGCAGCACAACCGCUGCAAGAUGCUGAUGCACUAAUUGAUUCCGUCGAGACUUUCAUCUUCGAUUGUGAUGGAGUCAUUUGGAAGGGUGAUUCAUUAAUUGAGGGUGUUCCAGAAACCUUAGAGUUGCUCCGGUCAAAGGGGAAGAGACUAGUUUUUGUAACCAAUAACUCAACCAAGUCGAGGAAACAGUAUGGAAAAAAGUUUGAGACACUUGGUCUCAGUGUCAAUGAGGAGGAAAUUUUUGCAUCUUCUUUUGCCGCAGCUGCAUACCUGCAGUCAAUUGAUUUCCCAAAGGAUAAGAAGAUUUAUGUGAUUGGUGAAGAGGGCAUAUUGAUAGAGCUUGGGCUAGCAGGAUUUUCAUACCUUGGGGGUCCGGAAGACGGUGGAAAAAAGAUAGAACUCAAGCCCGGGUUUUUGAUGGAGCAUGAUCAUGAUGUUGGUGCUGUUGUGGUCGGAUUUGACCGUUACUUCAACUACUACAAAGUUCAGUAUGGGACACUAUGUGUUCGUGAAAAUCCAGGCUGUCUUUUUCUUGCCACAAACCGUGAUGCUGUUACUCAUCUUACAGAUGCACAAGAGUGGGCAGGUGGUGGUUCUAUGGUUGGUGCUCUUGUUGGAUCCACUCAACGUGAACCACUUGUUGUGGGGAAACCUUCAACAUUCAUGAUGGACUACUUGGCAAAUAAAUUCGGCAUCACCAAGUCACAGAUAUGCAUGGUCGGUGACAGAUUAGAUACUGAUAUUCUUUUCGGGCAAAACGGAGGAUGCAAAACUCUCCUUGUUCUCUCAGGUGUAACAAGUCUGUCAAUGCUUCAAAACCCGAACAACUCGAUUCAACCAGAUUUCUAUACGAACAAGAUCUCCGAUUUUCUUUCUCUUAAAGCUGCAGCGGUGUAAAAUGCUUUUGGCUCAUUUAUUAUGGUUUCUGGCCCGUUUUCCUUGCCUGAUGAUUUAACAGGCAUGGAUCACAAGGAAUUGUUGUAUGCCCAGAAAACAACGUUUAUAAUUGAGAUCAUGUAUAGAUUCAUGCCCCCUGGCUUUUUAUUUCUUAAA